GGAAGUUCUGUUAUUUGUGCGCCCCAGCCGGGGUUUGAGGUGAAAUUUUCGUUUCUUAUUGUCCCGGCUUUGUGCGGUCAAGCAGGAGGGGAAGAGACCCAAGAGGAGGCUUGAAGUCAAAGGACGCUGGCCUCGAGGGCUGACCUGGCCGCCCUGGCUUCCCGCCGGCGCUGCCGGGCGGCGGCCCCUCCUCCGAGAGCCUGGACCGGCUCGGUCCGCCGGUGUCCCGGCGGCAGUUCCGGGAGGAGGCGGGUCGGCCCGGCCUACUCUCCAUCCGCUUUGGUCCCGAUUUCACAAUCUUCCAGAGCAGCCUUUGGGUCCUUUCUCCACAGGGAAAAGAAAUAGCAUCUCCGUUCUUCUCGACACUCCGGCGCCUAUGGCCCCCUGUCCCCGGGUCCCGUUUAGCUCUCGAUGGCUUUACUCCGCCUGUGGUUGUCGGUUGUUGAAGUUUGGUCUUCAUGCUCAGAACCCUGCCAAACCAGGAGAGAGACACACAAAAGAAAGAAUGGCUGCAGGAUUGCUGACAACCUGGUCACAGGACUUGGUGACCUUCGAGGAAGUGUCAGUGGACUUCUCACAGGAGGAGUGGGCCCUGCUGGCCCCCGCUCAGAAAAUCCUGUACAGAGAUGUGAUGUUGGAGAACUUUAGGAACCUGGCCUCAGUGGGGUAUCAUCUCUGCAAACACAGUCCGAUCACUGAGGUGGCGCAGGAAGAGCUGAGGCCAGAGGGGAGAGGAAUUCUCCAAAGUGCUUGUACAGAUGGGGCUACUCAACUUAAAUCAAAAGAUGUAAUUCUCAUGCAGAAUGUUCCUGGAGAAAAAACUGCCAAUGGCAUAGAAGUGGUGAGAUUCACUAGAAAUGAUUCCUGUUUUUUAAGACUGGGAGAGCUCUGUGAAUUUCAAGGAAUUAAAACAGGAGCAGCACCCAAGCAAGAGGAGACACUUGAGGCACCAACCCACCCUGGUGAGAAACCAUUGGAACGUAAUCAUUGUAGAAAAUUCUUCAGAAAGAAUUAUUGCCUUACUCGUACAAGAUAUUACAAGGGUGAAAAAUGCUAUAAAUAUAAAGAAUAUGGGAAAGACUUUGGCCAUCCCUGAACUCUUAGGAGUCAUGUGAGUUCUCACAUUGGAGAGAAAAUUCUUGAAUUCAGUGAUUGUGGAAAAACUUUCAAUCAAGAGUCAUCCCUUAGGAAAGACUUCAGAACUCUCACAGGAGAAAAAUCUGAGUGUAAUCAACAUCUUAUGUCCUUCAAAUUACACUCUUCCUUCUCAGUACAUGAACAAAUACCUACUGAAGAGAAACUCCAUGAAUGCAGUGACUGUGGAAAAAGAUCUUCCCAUAGUGUCCACAAAAAAAUGUGUACUGUGAAAGAAAGCUCAAAAUGUAAUGGACAUGGGAAAGUUUUCACUGGCCCCUUGUCCCUUCAGAUAUGUAUGAGACCUCACACUGGAGAGAAAGCUUAUGAAUGUAGGGAUUGUGGGAAAGCUUUUGUUUUUCAAUCUUCCCUUAAGAAACACGUAAGAUCACACACUGGAGAGAAACCUUAUAAGUGUAAUCACUGCGGAAAAUCCUUCAGCCAGAGCUCUCAUCUUAACGUUCACAAAAGAACUCACACUGGAGAGAAACCUUAUGACUGUAAGGAAUGUGGCAAGGCUUUCACCGUUCCUUCAUCCCUUCAGAAACAUAUGAGAACCCAUACUGGAGAGAAACCCUAUGAAUGCAGUGACUGUGGGAAAGCCUUUAUUGAUCAGUCAUCCCUUAAGAAACAUACCCGAUCUCACACUGGAGAGAAACCUUAUGAGUGUAAUCACUGUGGAAAAUCCUUCAGCACAGGCUCUUAUCUCAUUGUGCACAAGAGAGCCCACACUGGAGAGAAAACCUAUGCAUGUAAAGAAUGUGGGAAGGCCUUUAGGAAUUCCUCUUGCCUAAGAGUGCAUAUGAGAACUCACACAGGGGAGAAGCCUUAUAAAUGUAUCCAGUGUGGAAAAGCAUUUAGCACUAGCACUAACCUUAUAAUGCACAAGCGAAUACAUACUGGGCAGAAGCUCUGUGAAUGAAAUGACUACAAGCUAGCCUUAAGGGCCCCUUCCCCCCUCAGGCAUUUUCGAACACACUCUGGAUAGAAACCAUAUUACGACCAAUUUAGAAAGCCAUCAGGCACAACUCUUGAGUUAGAUUACACUGGGGCAAACAUUGUAAAUGUUAUGGUUCUGUGGUUAUAUUUAUCAGUGAGUGUUUAGUCUUUAAAGUGUGACAACUUGUUAGUUGAUGAGUAUUAAAGAUUAUAUUCCCCUUAAUAUACAUCACAAAGGUUUUGGUUUUUUUUAGUAUUUAUUUAUUUAUGUAUUUAUUUGGCUACAACAAGUAUUAAUUGUGGCAUAUAGGAGCCUCUGUCUUCAUUGUGGCAUACAAGAUCUUUAAUCACAACAUACAGGAUCUAGUUCCCUGACCAGGAAUUGAACCUAGGCCCUCUGUAUCAGGAGUGUGGAGUCUUAGACACAGGACCACAAGGGAAGUACCUCACUAAAGUUUAGGUAUGUAAUGUUUUUCUUAUAAGUAAGUACUAAAUAUUUUGCAUUUCUCAUCAAGAUAUCUUGGACUGAACUAUAGGUUAUUUAGAAAUACGUAUUUUAAUGUGCAGACUGGGCAUAUUUUAGUUAUCUUUUAGUUAUAGAUUUCUAACUGAAUUGCAUUGUCCACAGAAUGCCUGAUCUUCAUGACAUAAAUUCAAUAACAUACAAACAGAAAAUUAUUAGAGACUUGCUCUGUAGCCUAAUGUGUGAGAUACAAGUUGCUGUCCCAGUAUCCAUUUCUCCCUUGCUUCCUUCAAGUAACAAAACUACAGUUGUGUUCAAAUUAGCAGUGUAGACAGUUUCUGAGGACUCAUCUCCCAGCUUUCCUUGCAGCUGUGAGUGCCCAUGAGCUCACAGUCUUGGCCUGUGAGAAAGAAGCAAGAGGUCACUGCUUGUGGGUUCUAAAGAAUUCCAUGGAAAUGGGAGCAUGGCAUCUGGCAUUUUCACUUUACCAUCUGCCCUCAGGUUUAUCUCUUUUUUCUUAGAGAAUAGACCAAUAAAAUGACAUUCAUAGACUACUGAUUAUUUAAUAGACACGUAAGGUAUUUUUUGGCUGUAUAUAAACAACUAUGAGUUGCUUGUUUCUGAAUUUCAUGUAACAUGAGAAAAAUAAACUCCUAACUGGUUUAAA